AUAGUACGAAAAGACACGACACCGCUGCAUGCAUAACCCCGCCCUGCGAACUUUCUCGUGGAGUAUGAAUUAACCGGACCAAAACGAACUCUUUUCUUCUUCUUGGUUUCAGGAUGUAGAACAAAGUAUGCAACAAUCCUUUGGCCCCCUCAGUGACUAUCUCGUAUGAACUUUGGAGCUGACCUACGUACUUUCAACGCACCUGCGGACAUUUUUGUUCAGAAAGCUGAGAAUCAGCUCAGAGUUCAGCUGAGUUUGCUCAAACUGUUUAUCCUGCACACUGUCUGAAGCUGCUCUCAGCAGGGAUGGCAGAGCCCAGCGGGAUCCUGAUUAAAGGGGGGAAAGUUGUAAACGAGGACUGCUCUGUGAUCAGUGACGUGUACAUUGAAAAUGGGAAAAUAGUUGAAGUUGGACUGAAUCUUCAGAUCCCAGCGGGAGUGCGAGUCAUUAAUGCCACCGACAAACUGGUGAUCCCUGGCGGCAUCGACACCCACACACACAUGGAGCUGGCCUUCAUGGGCACCAAGGCUGUGGACGACUUCCAUAUCGGGACUAAGGCUGCAGUGGCCGGAGGAACCACAAUGAUCCUGGACUUUGUCAUCCCCCAAAAGGGCAAGUCUCUCCUGGAGGCCUACGACUGUUGGCGUAGGACAGCUGAUCCCAAAGUUUGCUGUGACUACUCACUGCAUGUCGCCGUCACGUGGUGGAGUGACAAGGUCAAGAAAGAGAUGGAGACUCUGUCCAAAGAAAAAGGGGUGAAUUCCUUCAAGAUGUUCAUGGCCUAUAAAGAUGUGUUCAUGCUGCAGGACUCUGAGUUAUAUGCUGCCUUCACCCAGUGUAAGAAGAUAGGAGCUAUAGCUCAGGUGCAUGCUGAGAAUGGAGAUUUGAUUGCAGAGGGGGCUAAGAAGAUGUUGUCCAUGGGCAUCACAGGGCCCGAGGGUCAUGAGCUGUGUCGGCCAGAGGAGGUGGAGGCCGAGGCUACCCAACGCGCCAUCACCAUUGCCCAUGCUGUCAACUGCCCGCUCUAUGUGGUACAUGUCAUGAGUAAAUCUGCUGCCAAGGUGGUGUCUGAUGCACGCAGAGAUGGUCGUGUGGUGUUUGGGGAACCAAUUGCAGCAGGACUGGGCACCGAUGGUACCCAUUACUGGAACAAAGAGUGGGCCCAUGCUGCUGGCUUUGUCAUGGGUCCUCCCCUCAGACCUGACCCAAGCACACCUGGGUACCUCAUGGACCUGCUAGCCAAUGAUGAUCUGAGUGUGACGGGGACGGACCACUGCACCUUCUCCGUGUGCCAGAAGGCCCUGGGCAAAGAUGAUUUCACCAAGAUCCCUAACGGAGUGAAUGGUGUGGAGGACAGGAUGUCUGUCAUCUGGGAGAAAGGAGUGCACAGCGGCAAAAUGGACGAGAACCGAUUUGUGGCUGUCACCAGUAGCAACGCUGCAAAAAUCUUCAAUUUCUACCCACAGAAGGGUCGUAUUGCCAAAAAUUCGGAUGCUGAUGUGGUUGUAUGGGACCCCAAAAUAACAAGGAAAAUAUCAGCCAAGACCCAUCACCAGGCCGUGGACUACAACAUCUUUGAGGGCAUGGAGUGUCACGGUGUCCCAGUAAUCACCAUCUCCAGAGGCAAAGUGGUGUAUGAGGAUGGAAGGCUGCAGGUGUCACCAGGACAUGGCAGAUUCAUCCACAGAAAGCCUUUUUCUGAGUAUGUUUAUAAAAGAAUCAAGCAAAGGGAGCAGGUGGGGAAACCUACAGCUGUGAAGAGAAAGCCCUAUGAAGGCAAAGUCAUUUCUAUAUGAACUACUGACCCAGAACAAAAUUGUGUCUUUAAAUGUCCAGCUGUGUGUUUGCACCACAACCCAAAGGCUACCAAAGAGUUUUCUCACAGAUAAACCUCAAGUUUUCAAGUUUGUGUGUGUCAGUAAAGAGAGGCACUUAAAUAACUGCACGUUGUGCUUUAGGUCAACAAUCAACAAUCAGGUCAAUAUGCUGCUGAAAAAUAACAGGAUGCUAUCAUUUGCAUAUCAGUUGUAUGAGGUUUCAGGUCAUCUCAGCUCAAUACUCAGGUCAUUAGAACUCAUUCAGCUGCUGAAAAUUAUAACUGAUCCAACAUACUGUAUGCUUUAUGUAAUCAAGUAAGUCAUUUCCAAGACUGAAAAUAUGGUGUUAUUCCAUGGCUAAAGUGUACUGUUAGAAAAGGAGAUUAAUUGUUUCAUGUUUGUGCACAUGGUGUUAUUUGUGCAAUAAAAUAACAUCUGCAUCUUCA